GCAGUUGCCGUCGCUGUUGCUGUCGCUGUCGCCGUUGGCGUCGCUGUUGAAGACCGUGUUUAUAGUCAGAGCGACAGUUAAGCGACGGCAGCGGCAGGUGUCAUUUGAAUUUGAGUUGCGCGGACGCGUUCAAAUCGAAAGCUCGAGUUUAUAACGCACGCGACGCCGACGUUAACGCUGACGUCGACAGCGAUGAGUGCGCGCCGCGAUGGUCAACAAAAUUCCGCCGACGCCGCCGCCGCGUCCGAAACUGAAAUCGUAACCGAAACCAAAACUAAAACCGAAACCAAACCCGAUACCGAACCCGAAACCGAAACCGAAACCGAUUCAAUGCUCAAGAUAAUGACUGCGACGCCGGCAUCAGCGACAAGAGCAACGACAACGGCAACGGCAACGACAUCAGCGUUGACGGCGCUGACAACGGUUAACGCUCAAAAUAAAUGCGCGACGGCAGCGCCAACGACUUUUAGUUAUCUGAGAGCAGCGAAGCGUUGCGCACGCCUCGAACAGAAAACAGUCGCAGCAACGAAAGCACAAGCACAAGCGCAAGUCCAAGCAACAGCACCAGCACGAACAGACGAAGAAGAGGAAGCUUUCCCGAAAGAGAGCACAACAUUAAGAGAGACAGACACUCUGCGUGCGAUUCCAUGUGAACGACAGCUUUGCCUCGCUGAGCACAAGGCGCAACUGCGCGCAGCUUUUUUCCAGGAUCUUAACGCUUUUACAGCGCAACAACAACAACAACAGCCACAGCCACAGCCACAACGGCGACUUCCAGUUAGAGAGAUCGAAACGGAAGCUCUUCGUUCCAGGACGCCCAUACAGCAGCUGAUUGAAAAGUUCCAAGCAAUGAUUGUGCAGCAGCCAGCAGCAGCGGAGGCGCCGGGGCAGCUGAAGCCAGCUGUUAUUACGAGCAGCGCUGCCAACUCGGACGAGGGCUGCAAUGCGGGCGGCAUCAGUCCAUGCAGCAGCGACAAUGAGUGCGACGCCGUUGCCCGGCGUAAGCCGAAAGUGACGCGCUGUGCGAGCAGCGACUCGGCGCUGGGCCUGGAAGUGGACGACGUCAAUAUGGAGACGCUGCCGUCGCCGCAGCGACGCAUGACAUUAACAGUUACCGAUUUGCCGUUGCGACCGGCUCUGCUGCCACUGGCCGAGCCGACAGCUCUGCCAGACUCGCCGCUGACCUCGCCGACCAGCGCCACCGCCGCCAUCGGCAUGGGCGUGGGCGUGGGCGUCGGCGGGGGCGUGCCAACAAAAGUGUUGCUGGAGGAGCGCGUCGUCGCGGCGCUGGCAGCGCCGCCCGGUUCACGGCGCGAGUCCACGCAAAGCUGCGUCAGCGAGCUGGGCGGGAUGCCGGGCGUGCGUUACGUGCGAACGCCUUCGGUGGUUGUCUCGGACUAUUCGGAUGAUAUAACCGCAUGCGGCAUCAGCAUGGAGGAGAUGGAGUAUUUUCGCCUGCAGCGCUCACGCGGCCAGCGUCGCUGCUCGCUGGAAGCGAGUGCCGCUGCCGCCGGCAGCAUCGGCGGCGCCAAGGAUGAAGCUCAGUCGGAUGUGAGUGCGGCGAGCAGCUGCAGCAACCUCUACUAUUGCGGCUCCACCAUUUCGGCGCUGGACGGCGGCGAGUGCAUUGUGAACGGCAUUCGCGUCGCACUCGCCCGCAAGUCGAGCAACAGCAGCAGCGGCGAGCUCAGCGGCGGCGACGACGGGGACAUAGACAUCGAGCAGCAGCAGCAGCAGCAGAAGCAGCAGCAGCAGCAGCAGGAGCAAGAGCGAGAGCGUCAGCUGAGCGAGCUUUUGGCUGCCACGCAGCUCGGCGAUGGCACUAAGAAGGUAUGUUGCACUUUGUUCGUAGCUAGAGCGAAUUUCGGGCUAACGUGUUAAGCACAGUGAGCAAAACAAAAGACUUAAGCAAAGAACUUGCCCGGCCGUACAGUGUG